AUGGACGAUUCAGCUAGAGAAACGCUUAACACGCCUAAUUGCUCAGCAUCAUUCGAGCUGCUGGCGCCCGAGUUACUGCUGCAAAUCGUCACCAAACUUCCCGGCCUUGACACGCUCUGGAACCUCAUGAGGGCAUCGCCUCAAACGUGGCACUUAUUCGAUGAAUAUGCUCUGAUCAUUACCGAGAGCAUCCUUUCUGGGCCGUAUUCCAUACUACCCUCGCUUCUCCCAGAACUCAUGAGGGGAGUCAUCCUCGUGCGCUCUGGAAUUCUUCCGUUUCGAGACCUCCGAGAUUUCCAACUGAGAUUCAUGCAAAGUCAAUUUUCUCCCGAGAUUCUUCAAGGAUCCCAGACUUCUAUCAGCCCUGAGUUACUCGCGGCCUCCAUUGUGCCAGUGGCCACGCUCCGAUCCGUCGUUGCAACUGCGUACCAUCUCUCUGCUCUUGCACAGGCAUGCUUAGAAUCGUGCUUAGUACGAAUAAGAGAUCCUGGCUUCAGGCCGAUGCACGCUUAUGACCUGCCAGCUGAAUAUGAGUCAAUUAAACCCGAAGAUCGCCUUUUUGUUGGCACCCCGGUCAAAGUGGUUGAUGCAGGAGAGCCCACCUGGAUCGAAGAAAUGAGAGCUUUACGUGCCAUGUGGAUUAUACAGUUGAUAGGUGAAGUUCAAUGCCUAGUCGGAGACAGAGCUGGAACAACAGGCUGGUCAGAAGAAGACGUUACGACACUCAGCAGCAUGGACGCAGCUGGCUUUGUGAAACGCUGCACUAUCACUCGGUUAGAAGAGGUGAACACUGCGAUGCUGUAUGUAAGAACUCUUGGGGAUACGAUAAAGAAUGAGCAUUAUCAACUGCCCCGGGCGCCUUCGGCUGCUGUUUGUGCCAGGCGAACCAUAACUUCUCCAAAGCCAUACGAAGAUGCACCAGCUGUGUAUGGAUUUCGCCGUGAUAACGAGAUCCAUAUUUUGAAUAGAGGCUCUCCUGUGCCUAAAGAUGGCCAACCAAUGAUCAGCUCCAUUGGUAAAUGGGGUCAAUCUGAAAGCUCCUUUUUCCAUCCAAGUCCUGGCGUGAGAGCCUUCAAAGAACUUACAGUUGGUAGGGCAAGGAGGAUUUCGGCCCUCGAAGGGGUUAAAUUUGACUCUUUUCGUCCACUGGGCCUUGCCUUUUGGGAUCAAUGGAGGAUGUAUCUCCUGGGAUUGACAUGGGGAGCGACGACCGAAUGGAUGGCGAAUGGAGAGUGGUAUAUGCCACAUUUUUAUCAUUUUGCCAUGGAAAGUAUUCUUCCUCCUGAAGAGGUUGCCAGUGUAAAGGCUGCGCUUCGGGAGAAAAGAAGGCAAUCCAUAGCUCAAAACUCCCAAUAG